GAUGAAAUGCGUUUUUGUAAGCUUUAUUAUUGUAACUAUUUUAAUAAUCCAAUCCCGUCAACAUUUUAUAACACCACUUCAUCAUUGUGUUCUGGCUGAAAUCUGCAACCACACACGGUUAACGGUUUGCGGACAGGAUAAGAAGAAUUCCGAACUCCGGAUUUUCAACGACGAAUGUGACUUGUUUGAGUUAAAUUGCGACGGUCAUAGAGACUUCGUACCAGUUAAUUAUUCAGAAUGUUUUCAACAAAUAAAAAACAAAAUGCCAGUAGAUAUUUAUAGUAGCCCAAGAAGAUAUAAUAAAAAUAUAUUGCAGAAUAUGAAUGAAGAAAGGGUGGAAGCAAAGACGACGGUUACUUUGAAAGGGUUUCGGUUAAGGAAUCCAACAUUGUGGCUACCUGAAACCACUGUUACUCUUACUACGACCCCUACUACUUCUACGACUCCUGCUCCUACUACUACUACUCCUGCUCCUACUAUGACUACUCCUACUACUACUCCUGCUCCUAUUACUUAUCCUGCUCCUACUAUUACUCCUGCUCUUACUAAUACUCUUGCUCCUACUACUACUCCUGCUCCUACUACUACUCCUGCUCCUACUACUACUUCUACUACUACUCCCGCUCCUACUACUACUCCUGCUCCAACUACUACUACUUCUAUUGCUACUCCUGCUCCUACUACUACCCCUGCUCCUACUACUACUACUCCUACUACUACUCCUACUCUUACUACUACUACUACUACUACUACUCCUACUACUACUACUACGGCGAGAAUAUCUACAGUCAUAUUAAGAAAGGAGACGGUUUGGAGAAAUGGAAAAUUAUAUAUGAAAUUAGUAAAAGGUCUAAUACCCACAUGAAUAUCCUCAAAUUACGAACGAGUUGGGUGGAUAUAAUAUAACUAAUAUAAGUAAUUGAUCUUUAGAGAUCCUCAUAACAAACACUGUCAAUGUGCGAUAUUUUAAUAUUAAAUGUAUACAUGGCUAUUUAUUAUUUUAGUACCUACCGUAAUUAUCGG